AUGAUCGAACAUAUUAUCAAUCGGUUAGAUGUUGAUGGUGUUAGUGGGGAUGAAAUGGACACGCCAAUUGGGGCGACACCAAAGGUAGUAAGGGGCUCGCAAGUCAUUGAUCAUCCCAAUGUUGGAGCCCUAUGGUUCUCAGAAACACCCAUAAACUACAAUGUGUCUGCUGAGCCAACCGACAGUGACACCACUCCUGCAGAACUAAGGACGCCCAAGCUGCCGCUACGGACACUAGCACAGUCUACCACACAGGACUUGCAGCCAGUUCUCCCUAUGAAUGACACACCCAUCAAAUGUAGCUGUUCUACGAUGCAACCUUACACAACCAAUACACGCUGCCGAGAUACCACUCUCAAUGCCAUGGGCAAGGAGAUGAAGGGAUGUUUGGUUGGUCCAAUGCCGGUGGAACAAUUUCUCAAGGAGUUCCUACCGCCUUCAGCGAUCCCAAAUUAUGAACCUUUAACCUUCUCUGAUGGCGCGUUCGAGAGCACACUCUCUGCUCUCCAUGAGACGAAAGCUUAUGAACCAUUUAUUGACACUAUGUCAUCUUUUGCCCCUGGUCUAUCGUUUAUCGACACCCACAACCAUCCAGACACAACCAAUUGCAAAUCAUUUACAUUUCAAAUCAAACCCGACAUCUGUGUUUAUGCUGAUGGAACCUCGCCACCCUGCGCUAGACAAUCAUCCUGCGAUGUCUCUGCUGCGGAAGUGAUUAUCGAAUUCAAGUGGGAUCCCCAUCAUAAUCCAUUCUAUACGCCUGCAAGUGGCCCAAGUACUACAGCACACUUCAUAUCUGAAACUGACAAGGCCAUGGACACACUGGGCCAAAUAACGAGUUAUACCGCAGCUCAGCUUGGCGCACAAUACCGAACUCACGCAUUCUCCAUUCUGAUCAUAUAUGAUCAAGCUCACAUAAUAAGAUGGGAUAGGGAGGGAGCUACCAUUUCUUCUGCCAUCUUCUACAAUGAAGAACCACAUCUAGCUGAUUUUUUCCAUCGUUACGCACAAGCAUUGCCUGCAUUGCGUGGUUUUGACACUUUGGUAAUGCUUGCUAGUGCCGAGGAGGCUCACCUUGCAAGGCUGCAGUUAGGCCUUUCCACUACUAGACGCAUGUUGAAAGUGGCUGUCCCUGAUGUCGAUGACACUGGCUCGAUUACCUUGGUGUUUCCUGCACCUUCACCGGUCGACUCUUGGUGGGUCACGAUCACCGAUGUCCUACCAGAAGGCGAGACAUACAAAAUAUAUAUAAAAAACAAUGUUUCCAACAUUGCGUCAUGCAUUGCGUGUCACGACGUACCCUCUAUCCCUCAACAAACCCUGCAGACUCACAAGUUCGCAGAUGCUGUCUGGGCAUGUUCACAUGAUGUGAUCAUUCCGCACAUUCAUUAUCGCCUGGUCCUCAACAUUGUGGGCAAACAGUUAUGUGAAUUUGCAAGCUCUCGCCAGCUCAUUACAGCCGUUUGUGAUGCAUUAAUUGCUCACAAGGACGCAUAUCACAAGGCGGGCGUAUUGCAUCGGGACCUCAGUGCAGGAAACGUUGUCAUCCACGAUGGCAAGGGCAUCCUCAUUGAUUGGGACCUAUCAAAGUUAAUUGACAUCAAGGGUGCUCGGAAAGUAACGUGUACGGGAACCUGGCAAUUCAUGUCUGCCCACCUGGUCGAAAAUGAAGACGCCACACAUGAUGUCGAGGAUGAUCUAGAGUCUAGUCUCUAUGUCGUCCUGUGGGUUGCCUUACUGUGGGCAAAGACUUACCUGACUGUCCCUGCGUGGUCAUUACUCAUGAAGCAGGUCUUCGAAGUUGAUGAAUUGAAGGGGGUUGGAUCAUCCACUAAAUCGGCUUUUCUCAACUCGAGAACACAACUUAGGGGUGAUGUGUUUAUCGACUGCAAACUGCUCGACAGGCUCAUUCUUGCACUUACCAAGCUCUUCGCACUUCGGUAUAUUGUGGUCACUCAGGAGCAGCAGGAUGCUUAUGAUUAA